AUGGGGCGCGCCGAAGUAGGAAGCACGAAGCACCUCGCCAACCAGAUGAAGUCGAAAGGGCUUCAGCGGCUUCGUUGGUGGUGCGAAAUCUGUAGUAAACAGUGUCGCGAUGCCAACGGCUUCAAAUGCCACGUCCAGUCCGAGUCACACGUCCGCCAGAUGCAGGUCGUCGGCGAGAAUCCCCAGAAGUACAUCCAAGGCUUCAGCACCGACUUCCAGCGCGACUUCAUCUCGCUCCUCCGUACCGCCCACGGCGAGAAGUGGGUCGGGGCGAAUCGCUUCUACAACGAAUAUAUUAGGGAUAAGGAGCAUGUGCACAUGAAUGCGACAAAGUGGUCCAGCCUGACCGAGUUUGUCAAGCACUUGGGUCGUGAAGGAAUCGUAAAUGCCAAAGAGGAUGAAAAAGACGGCCUGAUGAUCGCCUGGCGGGACACGAGCGCCGCGGCGAUCAAGCGGCGCGAGGAGAUCCGGGAGCAGGAGCUGGCAGAAGCGCGGAGUGGCGCGGGUGAGGACAAGAUGCUGAAGAAGAUGGCGCAGCGGGCCAGGGAAGAGGCGGAAGCGAAGGCGCGGAUGGCCGAAGCGAGGAAAGCCGCUCAAAAACAGUCGGAGUCGCCGCCUGCAGACGACAAGGCGUCGGGGACGCCAGCCGAAGAGAAGGAUGCGCCGGAGGCGGAAGCAGCGCCGGUCAAGCUGAGCUUUGGACUGAAGGCGAAGGCCCUUCCUCCGAAUAAAGCUGGCUUAGGCCAGAUGAAGAAGCAGAGCGUCUUCAAGCGCGCCAGGGAGGAGAGCGGCGAAAAGUCCGUCAAGAAGGUCAAAUUGUGA